AUGGGCAUAAAAACGAUUGCUUUGAGCAUGCUUAUACUAAGCACAUGUUUAUGCUUCGGAAACGAAGAACUUCUUGGAGAUACAGAUGGGGCCUGGUCUCUUCUAGGAUUCAAUGGCUAUGCCGGAGAAGUCUUGAUCAAUCCUGUCACAGGGUCAUCAUAUUUUUAUUGGCUCUUUGAAGCAGUGAAUGGAAAUAUUCUCACAGACAAGCGUCCAAUUAUUAUAUGGCUUCAAGGUGGGCCUGGCUGCUCUGGGGAGACUGGAAUAUUGUUUGAGAACAUCGGUCCAUUUUAUAUUAGUAACAGUACCCAGCCAACUAUCAACCCUUACGCAUGGAACUCUGAAUACCACGUCAUGUCAAUCGAUUUCCCUCUUGGGGCUGGAUUUUCUUAUCACAAGGCUCAUUAUGACAUGAAAAAUACCACAGCCCAGGCCACUGCACAGCUUUACAAUCUUCUUGUCAAGCUGAGCCAAAAAUACCCUACUUGGUUCAAUAGAGAUCUGUAUUUCUUUGGAGAAAGUUAUGCAGGACAUUGGAUUCCUGGAAUUGCUUAUACAAUUUUGAUGAACAACAAGGCGCCAGGUGUGCAAACAGUUUUCAACCUAAAAGGGGUUGGGAUGGGAGACCCAUGGACUGAGGCUUACACACAGCUUCAAUCAUACGGUUCUUAUUCGUACCAAAGAGGACUUAUUGAUAUGGAAGAGCUGCAAAUUAUAAACACCCUCCAACAGCAAGUUUUGGAUGAAAUGGCGAACCAAGAAUGGGAUCAAGCAAACAAUGACUUGAACUCAGUCACUGACUUAAUUGUGACCUAUGCAGGCGGAAUUAAUGUUUAUGACAUAAGAAGCUACGAGACCAAUUACAAUCUAGGCCAAAUCCCAACAUGGCUUGGUCUAAACUCCACUAAGAAUUUGCUACACGUACCUUUAACUUUAGACUGGGACCAAUGCAGCGGUGCAGUCAACGACGGAUACAAUUUUGACACUUUAGACAGCAUGAGCAAGUAUUUACCUCUGAUGCUGGACAGCAUUAAAGUUAUGGUCUACAAUGGCGCUGAUGACUUAAUCUGCGAAUCUGUAGGAUUAGGCUAGGCUAUUAAAGUCAGGCGUUAGCCAUAUUGCUGCCUCAGUUACCAAAGACCACCCAUACGGGAGGUUUAUCCACUUUCCGGCUCCAGACCAGAGAGCCUAUCCCCUAAUAAUGGGCGCCACUUCCGAUACUUUCUGUCUCCUCCUUGCGGCUUCAGUCUUGAGUGCAUAUGGAUUUCUACGCCCUGCUGCGAGCAAGAGUAGCUUGACUUCAAGAAUCAUUACAUUACAUUAGAAUUUAUAUCGCUUAACGUCCACUACGGGGUUACAACUCCAGGUUUAUCACUCGCCUUUCGUCGCAUCGGGCCCACCAGUCUGCUGGAGACAAACUCGCUUCGAUCACCAGGGUGCUUCUGGGGCAAAUGUCCACGUCUUCGACGGCUCAUGGAUGAGCUACUUGCUUGUACAUGGGUUGCUUUUCCCGAAAAACCCAAAAAAUGGAUUUUUCUGGUCGGCUAUCGGCAAAAAGGAAAAAAAUGCAAAGCCUGGGACGUAACGCCCAGUUUCACGCUAGGGAGUUGCCCGAAUGGUCCAGAGGACUUUGCUGGGGCUUCCCCUUUCCAACCUUGCACCCUCCUUCCCCACGAGGAAAAAUCCACCUCUGAGAAUAGACUAGGGCUAGGCUCUGAAAGCUACCAGAAUUGCUUACCUAGCAUUGCUGUCCAUCUCUGAAAUGGGUAAAACCUUGCCGGAUAUAAUUAAAAUAUGAGUCGAGGCUGCAUGGCCGGGAGGCCAUGCCCAGACGAAGACGCCAUAUUUUAAUUAUUUGACUUCAAGAAUCAGCUGGGAUUCUGUCAGGGGGCCGAAGUGCCUUCUAUCGAAAGCUACAGAAAAAACUACUCCCCUAUGGCAUACGCCGAAACCUCCAGUUUUUCGGUAGAGGAGUGCCUAUGGGUCCUCGGAUUCAAAAGGGCAUUGCUGAGCACCUCCAUUUCCAACAACAGAAAAACAGCUAAAGCACCCAGAUACACAUCUCUCGAGCCUGCACUUGAUUCUCGGCCCGGAGUCAUUCCCAGUUCGCCGUAGUAAUAAGGUCUGGACUGUUGCGCCGAGAGGGCAGGCUGGCAAGUGUCACCAUUUUAAUGUAUAUCCGAAUCCGUAGGAACUCUGCAAAUGCUUGAUGCUGUAAAUUGGCCAGGAAUUGGUCAAUUUAUUAACUCGCCUAGAAAGAUUUGGAGAGUCAAUGGACAAAUUGCAGGGUAUGCCAAUUCCUUUGGAAACCUGAGCUUUGUUAUAGUGUUGCGAGCAGGACAUAUGGUCCCCCACGAUCAACCUCAAAACGGGCGUGAUUUGGUUUACAGAUUCAUCAACAAUGAAGGCUGGCAAUAA